GAGAGCUAUGAUUGGUUACAGCUUGUCACAUGGUACAAGGCUGUGGGGAAUAGCCUUGUACCAUGUGACCUCUGUGAUCAUUUACAGAUUUCACUAGUAGUAAGCAAUAAUGUCAGCAAGUAACAUCUUGCUUACUACUAUUCAUGUGAUCACUGAUUGGCCAAAAAGUGAUCACAUGAUCGGGACCUCACACAUAGGUCCCUGCCCGAGUUUCCAAAUGGUCAGUCCGCCCCUGGUGUAUGACCAGCCUAAGGCUGGCCAUACAUUAUACAAUUUUCUUGAGAUUUUUGCUUUAGAUUUACCAAAAACCAUAUACUAGGAGGUCAAACGUAA